CGCCUCGCUUCCAAGCAGAACCUGCAGCGGCUGGAGCGCCACCUUUCACGAGGAGCCACUGCCGGGAAUCACGCACGGGGAUUGCCGGUGACGUGCAUGGUGUGAUUUUUGGGAGCUGGGGGGUUCGUUUGGACCAUCGGAGCCAGUUUGGAGCCCACCCAAGACUGGAUGAAGUGGACUUUUUUUGGUGCAUUUGCGUGGAAUUUCAGUGCGCGCUGAGUGGAGGAGGCAUCCGUCCUCCCUCCCUCUCUCUCUUCCUCUCUCUCCUCCCUCUUUCCUCCCUCCUCUCCUCUCCUCUUUCCUGGUCUUGUUUCUGCUGCGCUCAGGUGGAUCCACUCGGUCCUGAUCCGCUCCUCCAGCGGCGGGAAAGUGUUGAAGAUGGGUCGAGCGGGUUUCAGCACCACGGAGAGCUGCCGGCUCCUGCUGCUGGGUGUGCUGGUUCUGUCCGCGGUUCUGGCCGAGCAGGAGGGUGAGAACCUGUCCGGGCUUUCCAACAAUCCGGACCGAGCCAUCUUUGCCGUCAGGGAGAACGGAACCACGUGUCUGAUGGUGGAGUUCGCAGUGAAAUUUCUCGUGCCGUACGACGUGCUCGCGCUCAACCGGAUUGACCUGAUCACAGAGCAGGCGUCCUUCACGCUGCCUCGUGGGGCUCAGAUUGAUGGCAAGUGUGGCAGCACUGAGUCAGAGAUUCACAUUAGCUGGAAGAACAACGCGUACACGCUACGCAUCUUCUUCUCCAAGGACGUGCGUGAUAAGGGCGUGGACGUGUGGAAGAUCAGCAAGGUUCAGUUUGUGUACGACACGUCGGAAAGUACACACUUCAUCAACGCGUACAACCCCGGGAGGCACACGGCCAACACGCACCGCCUGUCAGCCUUGGUGACCCCCGCCGGGCGCUCGUACGUGUGCACGGCCCAGCAGACCCUCACCCUCAUCAGCAGCGACCACCAGAAGGGCGUCACCGUCGCCAUGUACGACAUCCAGAUUCAACCUUUCGACAUGACCUCCGACUUCGUCUUCAGCGAGCCGUACAAGUGCAUGACGGACCAGCGGGAGCGCCUGGAGGAGACCCUGCCGCUGAUCUUGGGUCUGAUCUUGGCGCUGAUCAUCGUCAUCACGCUGACCGUGUACCACUUCCACCUCAAGCUGACCGCCGCCAGCCAGCCGCAGCUUCCCCGCGACCGCUCCAUGUACAAGAACAUGUAGGGCCGGGGGGGGCGCCCUACAAAGGAGAUGUGGACAUUUGGUGUUUUUUGGGGGGGUGGGGAGAGGCUUGCAUGGAUGUGGUCGACCCUCCAAAGAAACCUGCUCUCACCGUGACCACGCCUCCCACACAGAAGCCACGCCUCCAUGUCACCAACUUCCUGUUAACGUUUCUUGUCUUUUAGGCUUCCUGACCUUUGACCUGUCAUGUUUGUUCACGGUGGACGUCUCGUCACGCGUGCAGUGUCGUCUUUCAUGCUUUUUUUGGUUGGUUUGACCACGUGUUCCAAAUGUCCAAUAUUUUUGAGAAAGUCUAUGCAUAAAAAAAUAAAAGCUUCUCCUGAAGCGCUGGCGUGUCUUU